AUGAGAGCUUUAAUUCACAGAAGUCACGAAACGAAGAGAAGAUCUAGUUUGUUGGUUCCAGCAGAACUUUCGUUGCCUGAUACUGGAACCAUCAGACGACGAUCAAUCGGACUAGCUACAGGUGAAACAUCACUACUAGCGCCACCUUUGGUUACCAUCAGGCGUGGUUCCCAUGGUGAUAUUCCCUUGAUAAUUCCGUCUGAUUUAUCUCCGAAAAAGGAACUGGAAGUGAAAGCAGCUUGUGAGGCCAGACGGCGAUCUUCGUUAUGGGAGAGCAGUAAUCAGAACUUAACGCCACCUGGUGUUGGAGAAUAUUCUAAUGUUCGCAGACGAUCUUCUGGAUAUGGCGGUGAAUUACAAAGACAAAUCAUUGCAGAAACUGAAUCUAGUAAUAACAAACUCAGACAGUUUGUAGGAAUUGUUAUUUUUGUUAUAGUUAUUGUUAUUUCUUUUUCCUUUUAUCGUUUGGUUCACCAUUGA